CACUACCAACCAUCUCACCUCGUGGGUUUACUCAGUGAACCCACCUUUCAGCUGCCCACCAUAUUCUCAACAGGACUCGUCUCGUGUCACAACGCUCACCGGGGCAAGCACGUCUGCGCCGGCCUUGAUCCUAAAGCUCUCUAAGCCACCGAAAACCACCCACACCACCACUUCACAUCAACCCCUCUCACACUACUACCACUACGAUGGCACCGAUUGCUACAGGAAACGGCCACGCAGCUGCUCACGUCAACGGCAAUGGUAACAGCAAUGGCCACCACGCCGCUGCUGCUGCCUUGCCCGCCGCCCCGGUGAACCCAACCGCCGCCCGACACGAAGACGCCAUGUCGAUCAAGGUCUCGUCGCCCAAUGUCAAGUACGACGAUGCCAACAUCACUACCAAGUACUCCUUCCAGGACACGGCCGUCAAUGUCGUGCGCAACGCUGACGGGACCACCGAGUACCAGGCUCAGCCCGUUUCGAGCGAGUACCAGUUCAAGACGGGUCGCAAGGUCCCCAAGACUGGCCUCAUGAUGAUCGGAUGGGGAGGUAACAACGGCACUACGCUCACCGCCUCUGUCCUCGCCAACCGCCACAACAUCUCGUGGCACAACAAGGAAGGAGUCCAGACGCCCAACUUCUACGGCUCCCUCGUCCGCGCCUCGACGAUCCGUCUUGGCCACGACGCCCAGACGGGCAAGGACGUCUACGUUCCAUUUGGCUCCGUCCUCCCCACGGUUCACCCCAACGACCUCGUUCUUGGCGGUUGGGAUAUCAGCGGCAUGACCAUCGACGCUGCCACGACGCGUGCAAAGGUCCUCGACUACGAUCUGCAGCGCCAGCUCGUUUCGUACACUUCCUCGAUGAAGCCCCUGCCUUCCGUCUACUACCCAGACUUCAUCGCCGCCAACCAAGGCGAGCGAGCCGACAAUGUCCUGCCCGGUAACGACAAGCAGGCUCACCUCGAGCAACUCCGCGCCGACAUCCGCAACUUCAAGGCCCAGAACGGUCUCGAGCAGACCAUCGUAGUCUGGACCGCCAACACGGAGCGCUACUCGCAGAUCAUCCCUGGAGUAAACGACACGGCUGACAACCUCAUGCAGGCCAUCAAGGACUCGCACGCCGAAGUUUCUCCCUCGACCCUCUUCGUCGUCGCCUGCAUCCUCGAGAACGCCCCUUACAUCAACGGCGCACCUCAGAACACCUUUGUCCCCGGAUGCAUCGAGCUCGCAGAGCGCCACCGCGCCUUCAUUGGCGGUGACGACCUCAAGACCGGCCAGACACGCUUCAAGACUGCCCUCGCCGAGAUGCUCGUCAACGCCGGUAUCAAGCCGCUCAGCAUCGCCUCGUACAACCACCUGGGCAACAACGACGGUGCCAAUCUGUCGGUCCCUCAAACCUUCCAGAGCAAGGAGCUCUCCAAGCGCGGCGUAGUCGACGACCUCGUCGAGUCCAACGGGCUUCUCUACCCUCGUGCGGGCAAGAAGGGCCUCCCAGGAAAGGAGAUCGACCACUGCAUCGUCAUCAAGUACCUCCCUGCCGUCGGCGACGGUAAGGUGGCCAUGGACGACUACUACUCGGAGCUUACCCUCGGCGGCCGUAAUCGCAUCAUGGUGUCGAACAUCUGCGAGGACUCCCUCCUCGCCACUCCCAUCCUCAUGGAUCUCGUCCUCCUCGCCGAGCUCAUGACCCGUAUCACCUACACCGACUCGCAGAGCGGUGAUGCCGACUCUUACCAGACGAUGUACUCCAUCAUGAGCCUGCUGUCCUUCUCCCUCAAGGCACCCCUGGCAAAGAAGGGACGCGACGCCGUCAACGCCAUCAGUCGUCAAAGGAACGGUCUCGCCAACUUCAUGAAGGCCCUCAUCGGUCUUCCGCCCAACGACGAUGUGGCCAUCAGCGACCGUAUCUGGGCCUAGGCAGGCGCGUGAACGCUGGCACAUCACCCCGCGCUCAUUGAGGGGCUCCCCCGCCAUCAACACUUUUCUCGCACCUCUCUCUCUCCCUCGUAGACGUAGAGGCGUGCAAAGUACUUCCCACUCUAUCGAUCUUCCUCCUGACUCUCACUC